UGGAGGAGUUUUGAUUGGGGGCGCGAGAUCGGCGAAGGAUUUGGCGCGAGUUUGUGGUUGCGGACUGGAAGUGAGAAGUCUCUGUGCUGAGAGCCGACCAUGCCUGUGGAACAGCCGCUCUCCGACCCGGCUUCAAUGGAAUCUGAGAUGGAUCAGUCACUUGAUGGAUUAAUAACUUCAGCAAUGUUAAAGGAGGAAGAAAAACUUGAGAAAGCAGCUCAAGUAGAGGAGCAAAAAAUGAUGGAAAAGGCUCAGAUGUCUUGGGAAAGAGACUCCAAUGAAAUGCGGUAUAAAAGGCUCCAGCAUUUGCUUGAGAAAAGCAACAUUUAUUCCAAAUUUCUUCUAACUAAGAUGGAACAGCAGCAGUUGGAGGAGAUUAAAAGGAAAGAAAAACUUGAAAAGAAGAAGCAGAAAACUGCACAGGUAGACGCGUUUAUAAAAUUGAAACAAAAAAGACAGCGUGACGAAAGCUACAGUAUCUCAGAUGUCAUGUCAAAAGAAGACAUCUUAACUGCUUCCAAAAGAUCCAAGCAGGAACCUGAGAAUGAGAAUUCUUCCUGCAAACUGACAUCCGAAGAGAUUGAGCAGAUGGGAGAUUCUAACACAGUAAUUAAAGAUCGCCUGUCGCAAGCCGUGAGGCACAGUGCUAAACAUAUGCUGGACCCAGUGAGGAAAGUAGAUGGGCAGCCAGUUCCUUUUCAGCAGCCAAAGUACUUUACUGGAGGUGUGAUGCGCUGGUACCAGGUGGAAGGCAUGGAGUGGCUCAGGAUGUUAUGGGAGAAUGGAAUUAAUGGCAUAUUGGCUGAUGAAAUGGGUUUGGGAAAGACAGUCCAAUGUAUUGCCACAAUAGCGAUGAUGGUUGAAAGAGGUGUACCUGGACCAUUUUUAGUUUGUGGCCCUUUAUCUACUCUUCCUAACUGGAUAUCCGAGUUUAAACGUUUCUCUCCUGAGAUUCCAGUACUACUUUACCACGGCAACCCACAAGAACGACGUCGGUUAGCCCAAAAAGUUAAUAAACGAGAUGGGGCUUUGCAGAUUUAUCCUGUGGUUAUCACAUCUUUUGAGAUUGCCAUGAGGGAUCGUCCGGUCUUACAGCAUAGAUCCUGGAAAUACAUGAUUCUAGAUGAGGGGCAUAGAAUAAAAAACAUGAACUGUCGACUUAUAAGGGAACUGAAGCAGUUUCGGUCUGACAACAAGCUGCUCCUCACUGGGACACCACUACAAAACAACCUAGCAGAGCUGUGGUCUCUCUUGAAUUUUCUGCUACCAGAUGUUUUUGAUGAUUUGAGAAGCUUUGAAACCUGGUUUGAUAUAACGGGCAUCACACAGAAUGCUGCAGGCAUUGUGGCCAAUGAACGCGAACAGAACAUUUUACAUAUGCUUCACCAGAUCCUAACACCUUUCCUAUUGAGAAGACUGAAAACUGAUGUAACAUUGGAGGUUCCCCCAAAGCGAGAAGUUGUAGUUUAUGCUCCGUUAACAAAGAAACAAGAGGUGUUCUACACAGCCAUAGUAAAUCGGACCAUUGAAAAAAUGCUGGGACAGGACAAGGUAUCCACAGAGCAAGUACAAACGCCUAAUGGAAGAGGGAAGAGAAGAAGUCGCAAAGUGGUGAAUUAUAGUGAGCAGGCUAAGGACACUCCAGAUGAACUUGAAAAGCUCAUUAGUUGCUUGCUCAAACAGCAGGAAGCUGAGAAAGAAAGGCCUGUGAUGGAAGUCAGUCUGCCAGGGAAUGCAGAAGUAAACCUUAAAAUGAGGAAUAUUAUGAUGCUGCUGAGAAAAUGCUGUAACCACCCAUAUUUGAUUGAAUAUCCUCUAGAUCCUGUAACCCAGGAGUUCAAGAUUGAUAAUGAACUGAUAAAUAGUUCAGGAAAAUUUCUAAUCUUGGAUCGGAUGUUGCCAGAAAUGAAAAAACGAGGACACAAGGUUUUGAUCUUCUCACAAAUGACAAUGAUGUUGGACAUAAUAAUGGAUUACUGCUAUUACAGAAAGUUUAACUUCUGCAGGUUGGAUGGAUCUAUGGCAUAUGCAGAGAGAGAGGAGAAUAUGCGGAAGUUUAAUACUGACCCCGAGGUUUUCAUCUUUCUGGUUAGCACACGGGCUGGAGGACUGGGAAUCAACUUGACAGCAGCAGAUACUGUAAUCCUUUAUGACAGUGACUGGAAUCCUCAAGCUGACCUUCAAGCCCAGGACAGAUGCCACAGAAUUGGUCAGACAAAACCAGUUGUGGUGUAUAGACUUGUGACGGCAAAUACCAUUGAUCAAAAGAUUGUGGAAAGAGCAGCCGCCAAAAGGAAGCUAGAGAAGCUGGUGAUCCAUAAAAAUAAAUUUAAAGGUGGGCACAAUGGAAUAAGCCAGUCUAAGAGCUGUCUUGAUCCACAAGAAUUACUGGAGCUGCUUCAGUCCCGAGAUCAUGAAAGAGAAGUAAAAGGAUCCAAUGGUAAAGUCAUUAGUGACAAAGACCUGGCCUUGUUACUGGAUAGAAGCGAUCUCAUUGCACAAAUGAAAAAGAAUAAUGCACAAUGCAAAGAAAAUGGGGCGUUUAUGGUUCUGGAGGAGAUAGAAGAAAUUGAAGUCUGAGAUAUGUAGACUAGAUUUCUCUGCACUUACUAUGCGGUUUGCUUUUAACGCUAGGUUAGAGGGUGAUGCACCUACCUUGUCACAGUAGAGGUUAACUUAGACCAGCGAAAGUUCUUUUAAAAGUACCAAUGGCUUUCUAGAGUUUUAAAAUGCCAUGCCUAUUACUGCACUUUUACUUGACUUCAAGAUUGCGUUAAUGAACAGUCUUCCUGUGGAAGGAUUUUAUGUUUCUUAUG